AUGUGCAGACCUAUCCAUGAACAAACCUCUAGCCUCAUCGAGAAGCUAGGUGAAGAAAGCGAAAUGAGCUUCCUUCUCCUGAACUUUUGCGACAGUAUCAAGGAAGAUGACGACUUGCAAAUGGUAUUCGGCCAUAUGAGCAUGAAGCGAUUGUCAAACGUAAUUGGUAACCUUAUCAAAUCUGCCUUAGAAAGCAAUUUGGAUGAUACCGACGCACGGCUUCGUGUCAUCAUGAAGAAUUACGCCAUCUUCGAGUUGGGUAUCAAAACAACACAAUUCACAAAACUCAAGUCCCACUUUGAGACUGCCCUGCAGGCCUCCUGGAUCAAAGAAGAUGUUCUCGAUGAAUGCACACAGCGAUUUGCAGCCUUGCGAGUUGUCUUUGAAGAAGAAGGAAAGGGCUUUGAGCGAACCGCACAGGUCAACAGAGUCUUGGCCGCUCAGCUCGUAGUAUGA